UGUGUGUGUGUCUCUCUCUCUCUCUCUCUCUCUGAGCUGCUUUCUCCUCUCCCCCUGCUUGCCUGAUUUCUCCACCGGUAGCAAUGCAGAGGAAACACACUGAAGCUAACGUCAAACUCCACACAGUUAACAGUAGUAAUUAAUGUUAUAUUUCUAUUUAUUUCAACUUAAAUCAUCCCGGAGCUGCUUGCGGGGGAUGGUGUCGCCUCCUGAAGCCGGAUAAUCAGACGCAGAGGCCGACGGCAGGGAAUGCUAGCUGGCUGGAGUUACAGCCAGGACUCUUGUGUUGAAUCUCUCUCGGCCUCCGUGCAGGAUUCUAUCGGGACAUUUGUGGGUAUUUUGGGUCGUAUUUGAACCGGUUUCUCCCGGUUGUGGUGGUGGCUUUGGGUGCGCUCGUUCCUUGAUGCCCCGAAAGCCCGGAGGAGCUCAGACUGCGGAGCCCAGACUGCGGAGCCCGGAGCAGGGCUCGGACACCGGGGAGUAGAGGAGGAGUUUGUCUGUCUGUCUAUCUGAUUGGACCCCGUCGAGCCUCCAGCCCCUCCCACCAUGAACCCUCUGAACCAGAUGAAGGCUGGACUGGCCAAUAACCCACACAGUGAGGGUUCGUACCCCUAUGACCCAUCCAGCUGGCAGCAGCCCACCAAUCAGCCCACAGGGUCCCUCUCCGUGGUAACCACUGUCUGGGGAGUGACCAAUCCCUCAGCCAGCCAGGGUAUGGGUGGAGGGGUGAUGGGGCCCGGGCCCAACCAAGGCGGGGGGCCCAUGAUGCAGGGCCCUGGGGGUCCCGGCAUGGCCGGCGGGCCCGGCGGCUACAUGGGUCAACAAGGCUACGGAGAGCCCAACAAAGGCUACAUGAACCAGGGCAUGUACGGCCGGACGACUGGGGGCUAUCCUGGAGGACCGGGGGGGUACACAGGGAGUUAUCCGUCGAACCCCGGCGGCUCCAGAGGUUCGGCUGACUUCACUCAGGCUGCUGCUGCCGCUGCCGUUGCUGCUGCCGCUGCUACAGCAACUGCCACCGCUACGGCAACCGUCGCUGCCAUCCAGGAGAAACAAAACCAGGAAAUGAACUAUGGACAGAUGGGAGGUCAGGCCUAUAACAACCAAUUCAUGGCCCACUCUGGCCCCCGCGGCCCUCCGGGUAUGUCCCCAGGGGGCAUGGGCCCAGGGCCUGGACCAACUAGGGGCCCUCCCUCAAUGGGCCCCAUGUAUGGACCCGGAGGCGGCCCCCAGAGAGUCCCUCAGCAUCCUCAGCACCCUCAGCACCCAAACUACGGCCCCGGGCCACAGCAGGGCCACUUGAGGCCCCCACAGGGCCUCAAACGGCCCUACAACUCUGAGUCUUUCCCAGGAAUGUCUCAGCAGUAUGUUCCGGUUGGUCCCAGUGUGAAUGUGAUGUCAGGUCCUGGUGGCGCCGGCGGUUCAAUUCCAGGUUCAGGUGGAGGCGCUCAUGCAGGACCCGGCCCGUACUCCGGCCCCAACAUGCAGUAUCAUCCAGGUCCGGGUGGCCCAGGCCCUGCCCCCCAGCGCUCUGGCUCCUCCCCCUCCUAUCAGACCCAUAAAAUGCCACUCCCACAGUACUCCCCCUCUGGACCCCCCAACUCACAGUACUACAAGCAGGAGCAGUUCAACGGUCAGGGUGGAGGUUUGAGCUCUCUAUCCACAGGCGGUGCUGGUGGUGUCUACAACUCCUUCAACCAACCAUCUGGGCCGGGUCGAGGGCUGCCAGGUUACCCCUCCUCCCCGGUUCCUGGAAACCCGACCCCUCCCAUCACCCCCAGCAGCUCAAUGGCCCCUCCCUACAUGUCGCCCGGCAACAGUGAUGUCAAGCCGCCACCCUCCUCCUUCCUGCCGGACAUCAAACCCAACAUGGCCGGCCUGCCGCCUCCUCCUACAGGUAACCCUAGCGACGACCUGCGUCUAACCUUCCCUGUGCGUGACGGUGUGGUCCUAGAGCCCUUCAGAUUAGAGCACAACCUGGCUGUUAGUAACCACGUCUUCCAGCUGAGAGACUCUGUCUACAAAACUCUCAUCAUGAGACCGGACCUGGAGCUCCAGUUUAAGUGUUACCACCAUGAGGAUCGACAGAUGAACACCAACUGGCCCGCCUCUGUCCAGGUGAGUGUGAACGCGACUCCUCUCACCAUUGAGCGAGGCGACAACAAAACUUCCCACAAGCCUUUGUACCUGAAGCAAGUCUGUCAACCGGGCAGGAACACCAUCCAGAUCACCGUCACCGCCUGCUGCUGCUCUCACCUGUUUGUCCUCCAGCUGGUUCAUCGUCCGUCGGUCCGUUCGGUGCUUCAGGGUCUGAUGAAGAAGAGGCUGCUGCCUGCAGAGCAUUGUGUCACCAAGAUAAAGAGGAACUUCAGCAGCGGUUCGAUCCCCGGGACUCCCGGGUUAAACGGAGAGGACGGUGUGGAGCAGACUGCCAUCAGAGUCUCGUUGAAAUGUCCGAUCACUUUUCGCCGCAUCCAGCUGCCCGCCAGAGGUCACGACUGCAGACACAUACAGUGUUUUGAUCUGGAGUCGUACCUGCAGCUCAACUGUGAGAGAGGAACAUGGAGAUGCCCUGUGUGCAAUAAAACAGCUCUGUUGGAGGGUCUGGAGGUGGAUCAGUACAUGCUGGGAAUCCUCAUCUACGUUCAGAACUCGGAGUACGAGGAGAUCACCAUCGACCCGGUGUGCAGUUGGAAGCCGGUUCCUGUGAAGCCGGACAUCCAUGUGAAGGAGGAGUCUGAUGGUCCGGUGUUGAAGCGUUGCCGGACGCUCAGCCCGAGUCACAUGGUUCUGCCCAGCGUCAUGGAGAUGAUUGCAUCACUAGGCCCUGCCCCCUCCUCGGCUGCUUCCUCCUCCCCAAUGCCCUACCCCCCCCUACCUGUAGGGGGCAGCAAUAACAGCAACACACCUGACUACCCCGGACCAGCUCCGUCCUAUCCCAGUCAACAUGGUUUCUCAGACUUCAGUGGUCCUGGGACUCCGGGGGUCGGGGGGGACUUUUCCUCCCCCGGUCCUCCCCCUCUUUCAUACCAGUCUGAGCUCUCCAGUGCCCUCCUCACCCCUGACAAACCUCCCCCACACCCGCUGGCUGGACAGAUGUCAGUCUCGGGCCGUCUGGACUCCAGUUCCCAUGGUGCUCCUCUCUCUCAGCAGCAGUCGCAGGGUCUCCACGGCAACUCCCAAAUGGGGGGCGGCGGCAACCAGAUGAUGCAGCGUAGCAACCAGAACCCCCGUCUCCAAGGCGACAGCUCCUUCGGCCUCGGGUCGGGAGAGGUUCCUGAAGCGUCUCUGGACUUGCUUCCGGAGUUGACCAACCCAGACGAGUUGCUGUCGUACCUCGGACCUCCGGACCUCCCGAAUAACAACAACGACGACCUGCUGUCCCUGUUCGAGAACAACUGAACACAUACAAACACACACCUCCAGAAUCGAAACAGAACUUUACUGUAAGAUAUGAACUCUUUCUCUCCUCGUCCGCCAUCAUGACUAGCGGUCCAACACGGCCGCCAUCUGCACAGGGUGGAGCGGACAAUAAGAAGGAAACAAAAAAAAAACCUUUUAAAUAUGAAAACUCUUUGGUGUGUGACGAUGAUGGUAAUGUUAUUUUAUUGUUUUGUUUUUUAUCCUCUGAAACUAUUUUCCUUCAUUCCCUGUCGGAGGCGACGGCCUCGCUGCUCACAGUAAGCUUCAGACUAUUUAAAGUUGGUGACGCCCACAUGGCUGUUCUAAAGGGAAACUUCUGUAUUUACAACCUGGACCCUAUAAUCCCAUGUUUUUGACAACAAGCUUUAAAAUUGUUACAGUAUUGAGCGAGAGCGCAGAAGCGAACCAGGAUGCAAUGUAAUCCUCCACUAAAAGUGCUUGUUUUUGCCUCUGACUGCUCAGAUUGAUAUAAGUGUCUGACUUGAGGUCUGCACUACUAAGCAGGGUUUGGGGUUAGCGAGGUAACUUCAGGUUUAACUUUAGGUUUUCAGUCUUAGGACGGUGGUUCACUUCCUACCGGAGCAGGUUAUGUUCGAGAUAACAGAUCAUCUAAAGAUCACUAAAUUUUACCGUUAUUCUUUCAGCUGCAGCGCCAGCGGUGUAACGGACUUUGGUGCAAAAAAUACAUGUAUAAAAACAUUAUUCAAAACAGACUCUCGUAUGUUUUAAUCACCCACAGCAUAUAUAAAAGUAACACAAGGCUUUGCAACGUGGUGCACUGGCAACAAUAUACAGGCACAUGUGUGUAUACAUAUAGAUAUAUUUGUCUUUUUGAUAACUCUAAGCUUUUUGUACUCAAACACAACUCAACAAUAUAAUAAUCUGAGCUGUCUGUGGCAAAAACAAACAAUUUUAGUGGACUUACUUUGACCGUGCCAAAUUGCCUGAAGGAUUACAUUGCAGCACGUUUAGCAGCUGCUGGCUGCACUGCUCUCGCUCAAUAUUGGACCAAUUACAAAAAUGGUUGUCCCCAUUAGUCACUGUAGCCCUGUUCACACAGGACUCGUAUUACCUGGGGAUCUGUAGUAAUGUGUGAUAAAUGCAGAGGUCUUCUGCGAUAUUAACUGCAAAUCUGGCACAGUCAUGUGAUUAUAGUUGUCCUACGCGUGAUUUUGUUUUGCAAGGUUUUGAAAGCAUUUAUGUGUGCAUAUCCAGGAGGCUCGCUGCGCAGCAUGGAGACCCACACGCACGGUCACCGCAGCAAGAGGUCUUUGUUAAUAUUUCAAUAACAAAAGUAGGCCUAAUAUUAUUUAUAAUACUAAAUAAUACAUAUUAUAUAGUAUAGUAUAGUAUAGUAUUUUAAGUGGAUGUUACGCAGAACAUUGACAUCAUAUCCCGGGGAUAAUGUCAUUCAAUUUGAGUCGUCUUCAGACUUUGCUUAUCCCAUGCAAAUGCACACAGGAAAUGCUGGUCUUCUGCGAAAAGGUCACAAAGAAAAGUGAACAUCUGGUUGAUGUUGAAAAAUACAGAAGUUUCCCUUUAACUACACACACACACACACACCGACACUGCUGAGCAAAUCAUCCAUAAGCUUUUACACGUUCUCUUUCUUCAUCACGUUUCAGUUCAUUUCUGUCCGUCAGAUUUAUUUAGAUCAAUGUUCAGCAGUGACGGGACGUGGAUGAGAGUUGUCAUUAAUGAGGUCCUUUUUAAAGCCGGAAUAUUUCUGGUCCUCAUGAGUUUUAAAUGUAAAGGAAAUUAGCUUUAAAGGAAGAGUUUCAUCUGAGAAAUGUGGAGACACUGAAGGUUAACAAAGAGGAACUGUUGAGUCCAGAAAAGAUGCAAAGAUACACCGUUUACACUCGAAGCUUUUCAUGUGAAUUAUUUUUUAAAUGAUCUCCUGCCCUGGAUUAUGUUACUGUUUUCUAGGAUUUGAUGUAAAACACAGAACUGCAGACAAUUAAUCAGAAAAUUUGUUUUUUCUAAACUGUCUGAUGUUUUUCUUUCAUAUGUGUGAGAUUACAUUGUAAGAAUAUUUUUAGACAACAAUUAAUCUUAAAAGUUACUUAACACAUUUAAUUUAAUUAGUUUUUCACUGCUGAUCAGUUUCAAUCGAUUCAAUCACAGCGUCGGGAAGGAAGACCCAUCAUGUGCAGCCAAUUCAGUGUGUUGUUUUGCUGUUUUUGCACUGAAACAAUAAGUUGACAGAAAAAUUAUCAGCAACUAUUUUGAUAAUCCAUUCAUCUUUUAGUCUCUGUAAUGUCAAAAAAAAAUAGCGAAAAAAGAAAUUCUGUUCCAGUUUCUUAGAUUUUAAAAUGACAUCUUCAAGCAUCUUGUUUUGUUCAACCAA